CAGUCUACCUGAUACGGCAUCACAGAUCGGUAUCGGAUCGGCUCUCUCUCUGCUUCCUGAAGGCGAGACGCGGGGUGUCGGUACUCAUCACAGCACUAAAUAGCGACAUCAGCAGCAGUCGCGGCACAAUGGACGCAGCUGGACAGCACGGCUGGCGAGCCUUGGAAUCUUCCGCCGAUGCUCGUCCAGGCAGCACAGCCAAGGUGUACUUCAACAGCGAGACUGGCGUUUCCACCUUCGAGAAACCGGAGGAACUCAAGACGGCGCAGGAGCGACAUCGGGACGGCAUGUUAGCCAAGGGGACAGAGUCUUCAGCCUUGUCUCGAACGGUCACCAACUUCGAUGACAUCGACGAGGAGGACAAGGCCGGUCGCAAGACACGCCUGUUCAAGAGGAACGAGACGCAGGGGUACAUCGACACGCAAUCCCUGGACGCCGCCAGCUUGGACAAGCCGAUCGGCGAGGAAAACCGGGGGUUCAGGUUACUGACCAAGAUGGGGUGGAAGCUGGGGCAGGGCUUGGGGGCAAAGGGGGACGGGAUCACCGUACCGGUGGUCCUGGGCACUCAAGUGGCAACGCUAGGAUUGGGGAAGUCUGCGGAGGACGACAGGUACACGGACGAGGCCGCGAGGGAGCGCAAGAAACUCGACUCAGAGGUGGUGGAGACAGCGGACAUGAAGGCGAAGAGGCUCGAGAAGGCAGUAAGACAGGAGACAAUUAAGGAGCAAGUGCAGGAGAUGAACAAGGAGUUCUACUGCGAGACUUGCGGCAAGCAGUACAAGAACGUGGGGGAAAUGAGUAACCACUACAGCUCGUACGACCACCACCACGUCAAGCGACUUAAAGAGGCGGCGGAGGCAGAAAAGGCUCGACGGGGCAAGACUUUCAACCGCGACAAGGAGCAAAGGAAGGAGUGGGAGGAGAUGCAGAGAAGGUUGAAGGCCACGCAAGCGGCCACAGGAGGAGGCAGCAGCGCGAAACCGCCACCACCCCCAAAACUCCCAGGAGCACUGCAGGGGGAUGGUUCGGGCAUCGCCCCUGUCGAGAAACGCACGACUGUGAAAUUCGGGCUAGGCAUGAAGAAGCCGGCCGGGAAAGGAGGCUUUCGGAGACGAUAG